AUCGGUAAAGAGACCUGCAGAGACCUGGCAGGCAGAGGAGCCCGGGUGGUGAUGGCGUGCAGGGACCUGUCGAGAGCAGAGUGCGCCGCUGAGGAGGUCCGACGUUCAACAGGAAAUGGUAACGUGGUAAUCAGACACCUGGACCUCGCCUCCAUUUAUUCCGUUACUCAGUUCGCCAAGGACUUCCUGGACAGUGAAGACAGACUGGACAUCCUGAUCAACAAUGCAGGUGUGAUGAUGUGUCCCAGGUGGAUAACAGAAGAUGGGUUUGAGACCCAGAUGGCUGUCAAUCAUCUGGGUCACUUUCUGUUGACCAAUCUACUGCUGCCAAUGCUAAAAAGCUCUGCCCCCAGCCGUAUCAUCAAUGUUUCAUCCAUUGCUCACCAGGGAGGUCGUAUCGACUUUGAUGACUUGUUCUUCAGUAAAAAACCAUACAGCGCUUUGGAGAGCUACAGACAGAGCAAACUGGCCAAUGUUCUGUUCACCCGAGAACUGGCACAGAGACUCAGAGGUUCUGGUGUGUCUACCUUUUGUCUCCAUCCGGGUGUGAUCCGGACCGAACUUAUUCGCCAUGUAGCGGGUUUGUUUCCCCUGAUUGGGGGGCUACUGAGGCUCCCGGGCCUGCUGCUCAUGAAGACCCCGUGGCAGGGCUGCCAGACAACAGUGUUCUGCGCAGUGACGCCAGGCCUGGAGGACCGGUCCGGCUGCUAUUUCAGUGACUGUAGAGAGAAGGGGGCGGCACCGGAGGGGCAGGACGACGAGGCGGCAAAGAGGCUGUGGGAGGAAAGCACCAGAUUGGUUGGUCUGAAGGACAUGUACUGACCUCUGACCAGUACCUCUGACCCCUUCAGAAAAGAGAAAAGAAUGUUUUGCUAGUUUGUGCUUUUAUUUUGAAGGUUUCCUUCUAAAACC